GAUACCCGUCGGCUCUUACAUUUUCAUUUCUCUAAACAUGGGUAUGAAGUGCUCGUUUUCACUGCUGUUUCUGAUCCUUUUUUUUUCAAGAGCUGAUGCUCUUUUUGGUCAUGCUCUGCUCCACUGCCAGUUUACUUCCCCUGAUGACUUUCUUUAUUUGGAACAAAUUUUCUUCAAUAAAGUGCUACAAAUCCAAUACAACAGCACUUUAGGGAAGUAUACCGGCUACACAGAGAAAACAAAAGAGAUUGCAGAAGGCCUCAACAAAAAUCCCAAAUUUAUAAAAGAAGAAAAAAAAAAUGAACUGAAAUGCAAGAACAACAUCGCAUUGAUUUUUGAUGUCUUUUUAAAACCAGACCUCCAUUUGGAGCCCUCUGUCAGGGUGAGGUCAGUGCAAGCAGCGGGCAGCCGACACCCAGGCAUGCUCGUCUGCAGUGUGCACUACUUCUUUCCCAAACCAAUCCGAGUGACUUGGCUGAGGAACGGAAAGGAGGUGACAUCUGAUGUGACGUCCACUGAGAAACUGUCCAAUGGGGAUUGGCAUUAUCAGAUCCACUCCUACCUGGAGUUUACACCUGUACCUGGAGAGAAAAUCACCUGCAUGGUGGAGCACGCCCACCUCAUGAAGCCCAAGCUUUGCGAGUGGGAUCCGAGAACUGAUCGAGAGUCAGAGAAUAACAAGAUUGCUGUCGGGACAGCGGGGCUGCUGCUGGGUCUGGUGUUUUUUGUUGCUGGGCUGAUUUACUACAAGAAGAAAACUUAUGUUCACACCACGUCAUGGGAUGUCUUGUCCUUGAGGCUGCAGUGGCGUCAGUCUAGCUACAGUGAUGGACUGUGCUGUUCCCUGCUAGGAGGUCGUCCCAGAAAACAUCACCAAAACACCGGAGCGGUUACGUUGCCGAGCCGCGAUAAGACGCAUACAUGCUUGAUAAGAGACUGGUAUAAACACACACAGACAGAGGAUGUCUGCACACAGCCUGCGCUACCGACCAGAGGGAAGCACUGCACUCAGAAACACAACUGUGUUUGAACGUUGGCUACAUUUGCGUUCUUCAGGACAACAUUCAGCUCUUCUCUGAGGCUGUUUGUACCGAUGGGUGUCUCACUGUCAGUGUGGCUGUACAGCAGGGCAGACGACAGCCCUCCCUCCUCCUCAUCAGCUUUCCCUCCACUGGCUGUCUCCAUAUCCUCUCGCCUCGCCGUCACUCUGAACUCCUCUCCAAUUGCUCCAGGAGACAGCCGCUCACGCUGGAGCUCAACCCACUGCUCUCCUUCCUUCCUGCUGUCUGGCUGCAAACAGGAAGUGACACGUUCACCUGUUGAGCUGAGUACUGACGGGGUGAGGGCGGAGAUGGGGGUGAAAAGUGGGCUUCAUGUCUGGGAAGUGCUGUGGAGUCCCAACCAGAGAGGGAGUCAUGCUGUCAUCGGCAUCUCCAGGCAGAGCUGCCCUCUGAGGGCCCCGGGGUACGACGUGCUGAUUGGCCGGGAUCCACAGUCCUGGGGCUGGGAACUCAAAACCAAUCAGCUCUGGCAUGCUGGACAGAGUCUGGACCUCUACCCAGGGAAGAGGAGGUGGUACCACCCUGAGGCCGUGGGGGAUUUUAGGACAAUGUCUUCCACUUCGUCACACAAAAAGAUGGCACAGACUCUUCUACCCAUCCCUGAGCGUGUCCUGCUGGUGCUUGACGCCGAUGCAGGGACUCUGGGAUUUGUUGUUGAUGGCAGCUUCCUCGGCGAAGCUUUCAAAGACCUUCCUCGUGGAGUGGAGCUGUUUCCAGCCGUGAGCAGCGUGAGAGGUGGAGCCAGAAUACGACUACGAUACCUGAACGGUGCCACACGUGAUCCCCCUGCUCUGAUGGCUUUAUGUGGACUGUCAAUUCGUCAGUAUUUAGGGCAAAAGAGGCAUAAUGAAAUGGACAAACUUCCUCUUCCGCCUCGUCUCCAGCACUACCUGCUUUCUAAUCAAUAAUGUAUACUUGUACAUGAACAAACACAAACAAUAUGAAACAUUUAGUCAGUCACUUUAAUGUUCCAAAUAUGUAUUGUAUUGUAAAGUGCGUACUCGUAUUACAGCCAGACAAACGUAUUUAUUAUUUAUUUUUAUUUAUUAUAAUUUAAUAUAUUGUGAGGAUUUUCUUGCAGGUGUUACUUUUUCAUAUAAAAAUAAAUGUGGCAUUGUCAUUCUCAUAAUU